AUGUUGUUGGACAGAUUGUUAGUAUUGGGGAGGUCGAAAUCCUCAAUGUUAACAAGAAGCAGACAAAAAGACUUACCAUGGAAAUCAGAGACACUGAAAAUGUUCGCCUAAACUGUGUGCUAUGGGGACCUUAUGCUUCAAAUCUUGAGAGUUUGGCAACUAAUACAACCGAAGCUGUUUUUGUUGUUGUCUUGCGGUUUUCAAAACUAAGGCUUUACCAAGGUGUUUGGAGUGUUGGGAAUUGUUACAAUUGUUCAACUGUUUUAACUAAUCCAGAUAUCCCUGAGGUUUUAGCGUUCAAAGAAAAGCUACCUGCUGAUGGUGUUACUCUAUCAUACACACAUCCAAAUCAGUUGACAAUCGUCAAUUCUGUCUCUGUUCGUGAUGAUUUCUUCUUACAUAGUCCUCGAAGGACUAUAAGUGAGAUAAUAGCUGCAUCUGAGGUUGGAAAAUGUGUUACCAUGGCUACAAUCAUGUCAAUUGACACCGAGUUUGGUUGGUAUUACAUGUCCUGUAAAACCUGUUCAAAAAAAGUUCUUCCUCAUGAUAUGGAUGCAAUGAGGGAGAAAUAUCCCGGUAGACCUUUCAAGAAACAGUUAUGGAAGUGUGGUAAAUGUAAUACUGAUGUUGAAGAAGUCAUUCCAGCUUGUCAAUCAGACUGCCUCUUCACUUACUCAUCGGUAGAUGAGAUUCAGGAUCCGGAUGUUUUGCCUAUGUCCCUGAGCAACAUAUGUGGGAAGACUUAUCUUUUUAAGGUUGCUAUUGAAAGUUCAAACAUUGUCUUCAAUAGUGACACUUACAAGGUUAUGAAGAUCGUUACACAAAGUGACCUGGUGAAGGAGUUUUCAGAAAUUUCUGUGUCUCAGAACACUAUUGAAGCUAAACAUGAAGAACACGUUCUGACAUCUCUCACUACAGAGGCUCCACUCUUGCUUGAAGAUGACUAUGAGGAUGUGAAGACACCGUCGUCGAAACGCAAAAGCAAUGAUAGUGAAGAGAUCGGAAAUGACAGUGGGGAGCUUUCUGUAGCUUCAAAGAAAACCAAAAAUGAUUUCAAAAAUGGAGAUGAUGCGAAACAUACUGUGAUGAAGCCGGUCAAGAAAGAAAAAACAGAUGAUUGA